AUGGAUAAGCUUCACACAUUCUUUGGCCAGCGAUUUGGUCAAGUCAAGCACAGGAGCAGUGGGCAGUCCGCAAAGUACCAGGCAAUCCGUGAUGAUGAAAAUGAUGGGGACCAGUCAGCACGCGUACACUGUCGCCACAACCGUCUUUUAGCAUGUUCCUUUGGCGCCAACGCAGUGAUGCUGCUGGCACUGUUCGGCGUGUUCUUCGGCUACUUCGGAAGACUCAGCGGAGAGUCAGUGUGUGAGCUAGAAUCAGAAACGCUUUUUGGGCAUAUCCCAUGGAAACACCAGCUGAUCGUGAACAAUGAGCGGUUUAUCAACGCCAAGCCCCCCGACUACAUGGUAGGCGAGGUAGGCAUCAACAAGACCGACUCCGUCAACCCAUGGGAUGAGAUCUACCCCACCACGUGGGUUUCAUUCCCGAAGCCGAGCCUUGGGGGCGUUCAAGGCUGGGGCAUGAAGAUGAAGCACGUGGCGGCGAGCCCUGAUGAAUGGGAGGAGGAAAGUGAGGGUUUUGGAGUGGCUGUGAUGCAUCAGGUGCACUGCGUUGCUGUCAUGUGUCACGCCGAUAUGACUCUAGAACACCCAGAGAUCGACAACCCGCAUGAUGUCGUCUUAACUGGCUGGGGCAACACCCACCUUUGCCGUGACUGGGACAGUGCCCUUACUGCCAUCAGCAAACAUGCUAUAAAGCACAAGCCAGAGGGAUGGGCAAAGUUCGAAGAAGGUGAGCUCAAGACAAUCAGAGGACUUUAA